AUGGCGGCUAGUACUACGACUACUCCCGCAUUGGAUCUGCUCUUGGUCAUUGAUGAAACGGAAGACCAAGCAAACACCAAAGGGGAAAAGAAAGAAAAGCGAAAGAAGGGACCCACCUAUCAAGAUCAUGAGGAUGCUCAGCUAAGCUCCUCCUGGGUUGAGGUCUCCGAGGAUCCAAGUGUUGGGACCGAUCAAGCCGGCACUCGAUUCUGGGAUCGCAUAUCUAAAUGCUACCACGGCACAAUUCCUCAGCCGCCUCAACCGAUUGGUAGUCUCAAGGGUCGCUGGCAACUUAUCUCUCAUGGGGUCAGCAAAUUCGCCGGUGUGGAAAGAAAGGCGCGCCCUAGGGUAUUUCUUGCACUUCUCCGCUCCGCAACACGUCUUACUCCGGCUAAUACACGAUUCACUCCUAAGUCACUCUUAUCCCACACUCCAGUCCCUUCCUGCUUCCCGCAAUGUCAUCCGCUGUCACCCCCUCGGACUCCGCAUGUCACCCCUCCGACGCCUGUCGGUCCAGGUACUCCUCCGGCCGCUCAUAAGCAGGUCUCCCACCGCCGCUUCCGCCUCUGGUCCGCUCCGAACCCCGCUUCCGCCCCUCGGUGCUCCCCGCUCCUUGUAGCCCCUCCGCAGUAUACGCUGACCCCCGUUCCGCAGUCGGCCGUGAUACCCGGUCGUCAGCUCCGCGUGCUUUCCGCGUCAGCGCCGCGAGCAUUCCGCAUGCCCCCAAACAAACCGGCCAAAGCUUUGGCCCAGGCGCGCUCCCGCCACCACACCGGUUGCGUCAAACACAUCGAUCAGUUGAAUCCCAGCGGUGCCACUUCCGAGGAUCGAUUGACAAAGGCUCUUGCUCUUUUUUCCAAGCUUCAAGGAAAGACGUUUGGCUUCCUUCAGUGCUACAAUAUCCUCACCUCUUCUCCGAAAUGGUCCGAUUAUUUUCAAGAUAUGAACACAAAGACCGUCAAAGGCCCCAAGAAGAAGAAAAAGCAAGCAAGAAGCCCAAGCAGUGAAGCACCCCCCUUGACCUCUGAACAAGCUUCAGACACCGAGACUCCGAGUGAAACUCCCGAUUGA